AUGGGAGAUGAAAAUAUUAAAGUAGUCGUUAGGUGUCGGCCUCUCAAUUCUAGAGAAAUUGCUCGGGGAGCAAACCGUCUCAUCAGCAUGGUUGGGAAUCAAACAUUUAUAACCAGGCCAGAUGUAAAUGAUCCUGGAAAUGCUAAUAAACGAGAUGGUAUUGAAGAUGUGAAAUCGUUUACAUUUGAUAAGUCAUAUUGGUCUUUUGAUAAGAAUGAUCCAAAUUAUGCUACCCAAGCAAUGUUAUACAACGAUCUCGGUGAAGAAUUUCUUGACUACGCUUUUGAAGGUUACAAUACAUGCAUUUUUGCUUACGGCCAAACCAGCGCAGGGAAAUCUUACUCUAUGAUGGGUUAUGGAGAAGAUAAAGGCAUUAUGCCUCUCACUUGUUGUGAAUUAUUUAACCGCAUAAAUAAUAACAAAGAUCUUGAACUCACAUAUCAAGUACAAGUCUCUUAUAUUGAAAUCUACAAUGAAAGGGUUAGAGACUUAUUAAACCCUAAAAACAAAGGAAAUCUUAAAGUUAGAGAACAUCCGGCUUUAGGACCAUAUGUAGAAGAUUUGUCAAAGCUGAUAGUUAACUCUUUUAUUGAUAUUGAGAAAUUAAUGGACGAGAGUAACAAGGUAAGAACAGUCGCUGCAACAAAUAUGAAUGAAACAUCAGGUCGGUCGCAUGCUGUAUUUACCCUACUGGUAACGCAAAAAAGGCAUGACACUCAAACAAAUAUGGAUACUGAGAAAGUAUCUCGCAUUAGUUUUGUGGAUUUAGCUGGCUCAGAACGUGCUAAUUUAACUGGUGCAACUGGAACUCGGUUGAAAGAAGGAGUAAACAUCAACAAAUCAUUAACAACAUUUGGUAAAGUUAUUGCCUCUUUAGCUGAAUUUUCUGUUGAUAAAAAAAAGGGCAAGAAAGAAGUUUUUGUCCCAUAUAGAGAUUCUGUAUGUUAUUUUCAUCUAAUUUAUUACAAUUUAGGUGGAAACUCUAAAACCGCCAUGAUUGCUGCCAUUUCUCCAGCUGAUUAUGUUGAGACGCUUAGUACCUUACGUUACGCUGAUGCGACUAGACGUAUCAAGAAUAAAGCUGUUGUUAAUGAAGAUCCAAAUACAAGACUUAUUCGUGAACUUAAAGAAGAAUUACCGAUGCUGCGCAGUAAACUUGGCACUUAUGAUUCAAGUGAACCUUAUGAUCCCAGUGUUCCUCCUUCUCAACAAAUUGUUGUACUUCAGGAUAAAAAUGGAAAUACUAUAAAGAAGACAAAAGAGGAAUUAAUCGAUCAAACUCAAGCUUCUGAAAAAUUAAUGGAAGAAGUUAACGAAUCGUGGGCGGAAAAAGCACGAAAAACUGAAGAAAUCCAAAAAGAACGUGAAAAAACGUUGGAAGAACUUGGUAUUAUGGUUGAAAAGAAUAUUGUUGGCAUACAUCCUCCUAAGAAAGUACCAUAUCUUGUCAAUCUCAAUGAAGAUCCUCUUUUGUCAGAAUGUUUAAUUUACCAAAUAAAACCUGGAAAAACACGAGUCGGUCGCAUUGAGUCUGAUAUUCCUUUGAAUAUACGUUUAAAUGGCGACAAUAUAUUAGAUGAACAUUGUUGGUUUGAAAAUAUAGAUGGAGUUGUUACGCUGCAUCCUCACGAAAAUAGUACGACAAUGAUAAAUGGUAUGCGAAUAAAUAAAGCAAAAGAACUGAAAUCUGGGUAUCAUAUCAUUCUUGGAGAUUUUCAUGUGUUUCGUUUUAAUAAUCCUCAAGAAGUUAGUGAACGAGCGAAAUCGAAACAAUUAAGCAUUAAUGUACCACUAACUUUAAAUGAAAAUGGAGAGGAUAGCGCUGAAGUUUCCCCUACAAGUACAGAUUCUUUAGAUACUUGGAUAGAUUGGAACUUUGCAAGGAGAGAAGCAGCAUUAAACUCCUUAAACUCCAGAACUGAUACUACUGAUACUACUGAUACUAGACAUAUUACUGAUACUACUGAUACUACUGAUACUACUGAUACUACGGUUGGGAUAGAUGAAUCUUUACAAAGGUUGAGGGAUGAUCUCAAAAAAAUUCAAAGUGGCCGAAGGACUCGUCCUGAUAGCAGAAAUAGUGAUUUUGAUGAUAGCUCUAAUGAGACUUAUGAGAAAGUUCAUCAGCGAAAAUUUUUUUACGAUCCUAUGGUAAAUUUUUUUAAUCUCGUACAAUUUUUUAAAAAUUGUUAUGUGACACACAUUUACUUAAAAUUAGGAAUGGAUCAAAAAGAAAAUAGAGGAACAUGA